GAAAGUGGAAGGAGUGGAAGCUGAGGUAAUCGAGCGCUUGAAAUUUAGCUUCGAUCACUUAAAAGGACAAGCAAGCGAAAGAUUGUUUUUUGUAUUGUACAGUGUAUCCCGAAGAUUUUGAAAUUGAAAUGGAUGAACUAAUUGAGUGCUGGAUUGAAGAGGGAUUCAUAGAUGAUAUGGGUACAAGACAAGAAAUGAAAGACAAGGGCCUUACUAUUUUGAAGAAGUUAGAAGAUAACUGCUUGUUGGAAAAUAUUACCGAUUAAUUUGAUCAAGCUGGCAUAAAGAUGCAUGAUGCAGUGAGACACAUGGCACUGUCGAUCACAAGUAUGAAUUCUCGAUAUAUAGUACAAGCAGGCUUGCAAUUAAAAGAAUUACCGAAAAGGGGGCAAUGGAGUCCAGAUAUUGAGGAAGUAUUGCUUAUGUAUAACUCCAUAACGGAAUUUCCCGCAGAUGUGCUGCCCACAAAAUGUCAACUGCUCACAACCUUGUUAUUGCAGGGGAACCCUGUAAAGGAAUCCCAUAUUCUUUAUUCAUGAACAUGCCCUAUCUUAGUGUCUCAAUUUGUCCUGUACAAAUGUCGAGAGUUUACCAAAUUCCAUCUCUGAACUAAAGAACCUCACAGCAUUGUUGCUUCGUGGCUGUUCUGAAUUAAGAGAUCUGCCAUGUCUUUCGAUGCUUCAAGAAUUGAAGAAGUUGGACCUUUUUCGGACUAAAAUUGAGGAAGUCCCUGAAGGCAUGGAUAUGCUGAUAAAGUUAAGAUAUCUUGAUCUUGGAGUGUACACUCUGAAAGAGAUACCCGCUGGAUGUUUACCAAAACUCGUUCACCUUCAGCACUUGACUUUUUAUAAGAACAAUGAAAAAACAAGUCUAAAAGCAGAGGACAUGGAACCAUUGAAGAAGUUAGAGUGCUUAACCGGACGUUUCAACGACGUCAGUGAAUUCAAUAAGUUCAUCUCCUCAAUGCAACAAAGUAAGAAAAAUCUCGUCAAGUACAAUUUAGUGGGGGGUGGUGCGUCAAGUAUCCCAACUGAAGGAGAUAAAAUGGUAACAAUUGGAAAAGUCCACAAUUGGGAAGGUGAGUUAAUUAUGCACCCAAUUGAAAUUCAAGAGUUGCAUAUUUAUAGGUGCAACUAUUUGAGAAGCUUAGUCGAUGAUCAUUCUUCCUUCAAAAAUGCGAUUGACUUGAGGGUUUGUAGGAUUUGGUUUUGCGAAGGGAUAGAGUGUGUUGUUUCCUUGUCCUCUUUUGCCUCUUCUUCCGCUCAUCCAUUUCAGAGCCUCGAGGUGUUGUAUCUUCAUGCUCCGCCAAAGUUGAGUGCCCUUAUUAUGAAAGAUGCAGGAAUUGGUUCAGCAACACCAUCAACAUUGGCUCCGUCUGCCACCUUUUCCCAUCUUAAGCAAAUUGAUGUAUACAGAUGCUCAAGUAUGAAAACGUUGCUUCCACAUUGGUUGCUUCCAAACCUCCAAAACCUGGAAGAAAAUUGGGUGGAAGAAUGUGAUGAGUUAGUAGAAAUAUUGGGAGCAGCAACAUCAGAAGUACAAGAAAAAGGGAGUGGUGCAUUAAUCAAAUUCCAUCUUCCCAAAUUGAGGGAGUUGGGAUUGCAGAGAUUACCAAAUUUGAAGAGCAUUUGCAACAAAAGUGGAGUGAUGGUUUGUGAUUCUCUCGAGGAUAUCAAAGUUUUUUAUGGCUGUGAUAAACUAAAGAGAAUUCCUCCAUUUGUUCCCCUUGUUGGCAAUGGGCAGUCAUAUGCAUAUGCUCCACCUUCUCUUACCAUCAGCUCAUUCACAGAAUGGUGGGAAUGGUUGGAGUGGGAUGACCAUCCAAACUUUAAAAAUGUUCUUCAACCCCUUUGGAAGCUUAAGGUAUAUGUUCCGGAGAAAAACAGGAUAAAAAGAAUGAUGGAAGAGAUUAAGGUAAGAGAUAACUAUUAUCAUAGUUUUAUUUCCAAUAAAAGUUAGGAAAGUAUUGUAAAAGGAUAUAAUAAUUUUAAUUUAUUGUAAAAAGAUAUAAUAAUUUUAAUUUACAUGUAAAAUUUCAGGAAA